UUUCAAGAAAAAUGGCAAAUCUUGAAACAAAUUAUACAAAUAACAAUCUUUUUACCCCAAAAAAAGAUUCAACAAAUCUUGAAACUUCAAAAGUUCGUGUGAUCAUAAGGGUUCGUGGGCUAUUGCCAAAUGAGAUUCCUUCUAAAUCUUGUAUAUCAUCAUCAUCCAAAAAUUCAGAUGAAGAAGUUUCUGUGUGUCUUAAAGAUCCACAUUCUUGUCGGAAUGAAAGUUACAAUGUGGAUUCGUUUUAUGGACAAGAAGAAAAUGAUGGUAAGAGCAAUGUGAGGCAAAUUUUUGAAAGAGAAGUGAUGCCUUUAAUUCCUGGAGUAGUGAAUGGAUCUAAUGCUACUGUCUUUGCUUAUGGGGCUACCGGAAGCGGAAAGACUUUUACUAUGCAGGGAAGUGAUGAGCUGCCAGGUCUAAUGCCAAUGGCAGCAUCAACCAUCCUCUCUAUGUGUGAGAACACACAGAAAACUGUAGAAAUUUCAUACUAUGAGAUCUACCUAGAGAGGUGUUAUGAUCUUUUGGAUAGAGACAGAAAGGAAAUUACCAUAUUGGAUGAUAAAGAUGGACAUCCUCAUCCGGUUGGACUUUCCAAAGUCCUAAUCCAUUCUAUGAAUGAUUUCCAGCAGGCUUUCUUUCGUGGCGCACAGAGGCGAAAAGUUGCACAUACAUCUCUUAAUGAUGUCUCUAGCAGAAGUCAUGGGGUAUUAGUCAUUAAUGUUACAGAGGGUCCUGGGAGCACUUUGAUCGGGAAACUGAAUCUCAUCGAUUUAGCAGGCAAUGAAGAUAACAAAAGGAGUGGCAAUGAAGGUGUUCGACUUACUGAGAGUACAAAGAUCAAUCAAUCAUUGUUUGCACUGUCGCAAGUUAUAUAUGCACUUAACAACAACACUCGAAUUCCCUUUAGAGAUAGCAAGUUGACACGUAUUUUACAGGAUUCGCUAGGGGGAACAAGUCAUGCACUCAUGGUAGCUUGUCUGAAUCCAAGAGAGUAUGAACAGUCUGUUCAUACAGUUAGUUUAGCAGCAAGGUCACGCCGUAUCUCUAACUUUUGUCACUCAUCCCGGAAGCAUAAUACUCCUGAAAUUCAAGUUGACAUGGAAGCAAAGCUUCGUGCAUGGCUUGAAUCAAAAGGCAAGACUAAAAGUGCUAAGAGAAAGAAUCAAAGUCAAACACUCACACCAACUCCUCGUUCCGUAAGCUCUAUGAAGAAGUAUAGCACAUUCCAAAGCUCUGGAAAACCCAAAGCAGUUCACACUUUAGAACAAUAUGCACGAAAAGUUGAGAACGCGACAACACCCAUGUUCAAAGAGAGGAAAGUUCUGUCUCCGAUCAACUCCAAUGUAAAUAUUGACCCUGUGACUUCUCAGCAGCAAUCUUUUAUCGAUGACAAGACUCAAAACACUGUCACUCCACUCAACAAACUUAGAGCAAUGAGUUGUAAUUUGAAGAACACUCUUGCCCAAGAAUACGUUAACUUCCUAAACACAGCGGGAAAGUUGGAACUGAUGCAGCUGAAGGGAAUUGGAGAAAAGAUGGCUGACUACAUACUUGAGCUUAGAGAUGCAAGCCCAUUAGAAUCACUGAAUGAUUUGGAGAAGAUAGGUCUUUCAUCGAAGCAGGUUGGUAACAUGUUUGGAAGAACAGCCAAAGGGCUGUUUGAUUAACCAAGUGGAACGUAAUCAUGCUGUGUUCAUUUGUGUUCGUGUGGUAGAAAUUGUAGAUUGAAAUUGACCUAUUAGUUUGACUUGUAUGGUUCUCAUGUUGGCCUGUAACGGUUUCUUUUAAACAAUUCGGGUUGAGUUAUUAGAUUUGUCUGUAAAUUCACACUUGAGUGUCCGAGUAUUAUAUUUUGACCACAAAA